AUGUCUUCUCCAGAGCAGAAACCAGUUAUUAUUGUCGGCGCUGGCUUGGCUGGCCUUGUCGCAGCCUUUGAAUUGUCAGAAAAAAACAUCCCAGUCCUUCUCCUGGAUCAAGAAAAUGAGCAAAACCUAGGUGGUCAGGCCUUUUGGUCACUUGGGGGCGUUUUUAUGGUCGACUCGUCUUACCAACGCAGAAUGGGAAUCAAAGACUCUCGAGAGCUGGCCAUGAGAGACUGGUUCGGUUCGGCGAGGUUUGAUCGCGAAGAAGAAGAUUACUGGCCAAGGAAGUGGGCCAAGGCUUUUGUCGACUUUGCAACAGACGAGAUGGAAGAUUAUGUCAAAGCUCGAGGACUGGGCUUUCUGUAUAACGUUGGCUGGGCCGAGAGGGGAGACGGUUCUGCUACCGGCCACGGAAAUUCUGUGCCUAGGUUCCACGUCAGCUGGGGUACAGGACCAGAGGUUGUCAGGGUCUUUGCGGAUCCUGUCAAGAAAGCUGCCGAGAAGGGUAUCGUAACAUUCAAAUUCAGACACGCUGUUGAUGAGUUAAUUGUCGACGAUGCCGGUCGAGCCGUGGGAGUCAGAGGUCGCAUUCUGGAAGACGACGAUGCUGGACGUGGCAUCAAGUCGUCCCGCAUUGAAAAGGACAAGUUUGAAAUUUACGGCUCAGCUGUUGUUGUUUCUUCAGGUGGUAUUGGAGGCAACGUUGAUGCUGUCAAAGCAGCAUGGCCUGUUGACAGACUGGGUCCCAAGGUACCAGAUAACUUUGUCGUCGGUGUCCCUGCACACGUCGACGGACGAAUGAUUGGUAUAUCAGAAUCCGCUGGUGCACACGUCAUCAACCGCGAUCGUAUGUGGCAUUACACUGAAGGCCUUCAGAACUGGAACCCAAUCUGGCCUGGACACGGUAUCAGAGUCCUCCCAGCUCCUUCGUCGCUUUGGCUUGAUGCGACUGGCAAGCGACUACCACCGUUCCUAUACCCAGGCUCGGAUACUCUGGCAACGCUCAAGUAUAUUUGCAGCACAGGGUACGACUACACCUGGUUCAUCCUCGACCAGAGCAUCAUAGCUCGCGAAUUCGCCCUAUCUGGCUCGGAACAGAACCCAGAUGUGACUGGAAAGAGUAUCUGGAUGCUUCUCACCCGCGUCUUUGGCAAGAAAGGCACGGUCCCUGUUCAAAACUUUCAAAAACAUGGUAAAGACUUUGUCGUCCGCGAUAAUCUGGAGGAUCUGGUCGCCGGCAUGAAUAAGCUUGCCAAAGCUCGCAAUGGCCCUUUACUGGAAUACGACGAUGUCAAGGAAGUCGUCGAAGCGAGAGACAGUCAAAUGGACAACCCCUACGCCAAAGACGCCCAGGCCAUGCUCAUCCACAACGCGAGGACAUACUGGCCCGAUCGUCGUAGCCGUGUUGCACCGCCACAUCGCCUUCUGGACAAGGCUCACGGACCGUUGAUAGCUGUGCAGAUGAACCUUCUUACACGAAAGACGCUCGGUGGUAUCGAGACAAACUUGGAUAGUAACGUUAUGAGGGCCGAUGGUACCCCAUUCCCUGGGCUGUAUGCUGCUGGUGAAGUAGCUGGGUUUGGAGGAGGUGGUGUUCAUGGGUAUAGUUCGCUCGAGGGAACAUUUGUAGGCGGUUGCAUCUUUUCAGGACGGGCUGCUGGUAGAGCACUUGUUCGUGAGAUCUUGGGAGAGGAUGUCUAUGGAGGUGGGGCAAGUACAAGGCCUGUCAACUCUCGACUUUGA